UUUAACUGAAGGCAUUGUAUUUACGCGUUUUCAGGAAUCAAUGUUGAGAACGCAUUCGCAUUCAAGUACUCCUUUCGAUUUUGAUUCAAGUAGUCAUUCAACUUUGUACCGUAUUUGUAUCUGUGUGCUCGACUGAGUCAACCAGGUUAGGUGGUUAAACAAUUUUCAAGAAACUCGCUGUAUUGCCAUUUUGGAGCUGGCUUGAUUAUUUCAUUGUAAUUCUACUCGAAUUGGGGUUUCUGAUGAAAUGAAAGAGCUGUGGAGCUCUCAAAAUCGGUUCUUGGCGGCAUUUGCUUUAUGCACCCUUUGUCUGCUCAACUUGGGUUUUUGCUGGUCUCUCAAUGAUGAAGGCGUGGCUUUGCUGAAAUUUAAACAAGAAAUUGUGAGUGAUCCACAUGGAGCUUUGUCAAAUUGGAUCGAUGAAAUUGGAGUGGAGAAUCCAUGUUCUUGGUCUGGUGUUGGCUGCUCAAAAGGAUAUGUUGUUGAUUUGAACCUCAAAGAUCUAUGCCUCAGAGGUACUUUGUCUCCUCAAAUUGGGACCCUAAUUCACUUGAAAUCUCUAAUUCUGCGCAACAACUUGUUCUCGGGUGUGAUCCCGGAAGAAAUCACUUACAUAAAAGGAUUGGAGGUGUUGGAUUUUGGAUACAAUAACUUUAGUGGACAGAUUCCUUGUAGUCUAGGCAACAAUUUCUCAAUGACACUUCUUUUGCUCGACAAUAAUGAGCGUAUUAGUCACAUAUGUCCUGAGAUUUAUGAGCUUCAGAAGCUAUCUGAAGUUCAGGUGGAGGAGGAGCUGUUGUCCAGAUCCAAAGAGGCAGCUUGUGAAAGCCUAUUUACGCCAUGGACUUCUUGGGAAAAACGAGAUGCGGGAGAGCGGAAAUUAUUACAAGAACCACCGAUAAGAAAAAAACAGCGCUUCAGGUUUCGAUUUCCACCAAGAGAAUUUCAACCACCCUUAAUUCCAGAUCCAGAUUUAGCUCCGGCUCCUACUCCUCGGACUCCUACUCCUGCUCCUGCACCUGCUCCUUCUGUGCCUCAAUCUCCCCUGCCUGCGCCUUCAUCACCUUCCUCUCCCUCUGCCCCUUCCGCUAACAAUAAUUCUCGAACAAUACUUCCAGAAGCAGAGAAUCGAACUCGCCCAGCUGAGAGAAGCACAAAGAAUCGCACACUUGUAUUGGUUGCAGCCAUUGGUGGCUCUCUAUUACUUUUGCUUGUAGUCAUUGGUGUUGCCGUCUAUCAAUAUGGUAAAGUUGCAACUGUCAAGCCCUGGGCGACGGGAUUAAGUGGACAGCUACAGAGAGCGUUUGUAACUGGUGUCCCAAAACUCAAGAGAUCUGAACUUGAGGCUGCUUGUGAAGAUUUUAGCAACGUGAUUGGUUCAACCUCGAUUUGUACCUUCUAUAAGGGCACAUUGUCCAGUGGAGUAGAGAUAGCAGUCACAUCCGUCGCCAUGUCAUCUGCAAAGGACUGGUCUAGUAAUCUCGAGAUCCAAUUCAGAAAGAAGAUUGACUCGCUAUCGAAAGUGAAUCACAAGAAUUUCCUCAGCCUACUCGGCUUUUGUGAUGAGCAGGUGCCUUUCACAAGAAUGAUGGUUUUCGAGUAUGCUCCCAACGGGACUCUGUUUGAGCACAUACACAUAAAAGAAGCGGAACACUUGGACUGGACAACGCGAUUAAGAAUUGCAAUGGGAAUCGCAUACUGCCUCGAGCACAUGCAUCAAUUGACACCCCCGUUAGCCCACAAAAGCCUGACCUCCUCGUCCAUCUAUCUAACCGAGGACUACGCUGCCAAAGUGUCCGACAUUGUCUUCUGGGACGAGGGCGCCGCAGCAGUGAGGCAAACGGAUCCGCAGAGCAACGUCUACAGCUUUGGCGUGAUACUGUUUGAGAUGAUGACGGGUAGGCUUCCAUACACUGCGGGCAGUGACUCCCUUGAAGACUGGGCGUGCGACUACCUUGGGGGAACGCAAUCUCUGAGGGAAACGGUGGACCCGACCCUGGGAACGUAUCAGGAGGAUCAGCUCCAACAAAUUGGUGAACUCAUAAGGUGUUGUGCGGAUGAGAGGCCGUCGAUGAAAGAGGUGUGCACGAGGUUGAGAGUGAUCACCGGGAUAGGGCCCGAUGGAGCCAUCCCGAAGCUGUCGCCCCUUUGGUGGGCGGAGCUUGAGAUUCUGUCGACUGAGGCCAGCUAAAGGUUGGGUUGUUUAUGAUGUUUAUUGGCUAUGGAGAAAGCUUCUUGCUGCCUCUUGGUAUAAAUUGAAGUAUGUAGAGAGGUGUAAAAUCAAAAUAUGGGGGUGAAUAUAAGUAGAGUACUAUAUGUGAUUCUUUUAUUUUUUUGGUGAAAGAUGUGAAGUGAGGUUUUUUUAUGUGAAUGUGAAAUGCAGUUCAGAAAGUGGGUGUGUCAAAUAGGAACUAGUGUAACAUAUAUUAUUAAUUUAUUCUUAUAUUAAUUCAAAUUUUGUGUCU